GAAUUUGUCAUCUUUAAGAUUUGUCCCUUUUUGCCUCUAUGUACUGCUAAUGAAUUUGAAAUUUUAUUAACAGGAAAGGUUGACUGAUGAAGUUGCUGAGAUGACUUGUAAAUUCUCCUCUGCUCAGAUUGAGAAAGUCUCCGGUAGUCCAACUUUGAAACUCCCUCAUUUAUUCAAUCUAACUCCAAAUUCAUCGGGGAAAGGCAACCAAGCACCAAAGCAGCAUCCUGUAGGUAGUCAAACCAAUCAGGAAACUUUGCCAGCCCCAAAAACAGUUUCACCUCCAUUUACAAUUGAUGAAGAUGGUGAAGCACAAGAGACUGAUGAUUAUUAUGCUCACAACAUUCGUCGUUCUGUUCGUGAAGCUGCACUAUCAAGCUCAUCAAGCAACUCAGAAUUGUUGCAGGAAAGAAGCAGUGAUGAUGGUUCUGAACACUUCUUUAUACCUCUAUCAACAACAGAUGCUGCUUCUCAGAAAGAAAUCGACUAUGUUCCUAACUGGAGAAAUCAACAACUGGUUUUCUCCUCACCACCAGAAGAUCAGGCCCCGAUGAACAUGACAGAUCUUUCCUGUAAUGCCAAUAGCCAGCAAAGCUUCAUUCCAGAUAUGUUAAAUAGAUUGAAUGGACUGAAGGAGAACAAAAACCUGGCCAGGCUGUUCCAACCAUCCACUGAAAAAAUACAAAGAACGCAUCCUGAAGCUAACAACACUCUGGAUCAAGUUUUCUCACCUCCAUUGUUACUGGAAUCAUCAUUCUUCCAAGAUGCAUACGAGGACUUGCUUGCACCAUUAUCUGAAACUGAUGCUGCUCUCAUGGAACACUAGAGUUCCAUAUCCACCAUGGUGGUGGUAUUAUAUGCAGCUGAAGAGAAAGGUUAGAUGCAGCAGUCUUGGUCAGAGGGCCAACAUCAUACAUUUGUUUGCGAUGCGAUGGUGACUAACUUAAGCAACUGAAAUAUAAGGGUUUCUAAUUCGAGUUUGAAUCGUGUGAUGUAGUCUAAUUUACAUGCGAUUUCACUGUUGUUGUUGGUUGUUUUGAUGAUGGUGUCAUUUUCUCUACCCGGUGUGUAGCAGCUGUAAUUAUGUUGUAUCUUUUCCGACUUAACAAAAUGUCCUUCUUACCCUUC